AACAGUCCCAUAAGAGUUCUUACCCCCUACAAAAGCAUUCCCAGCAAUUGAAACAAGAACAGACAAUUUCUCUUUUUUCUGGAACUUGGGCUCCUACUGUCCAAGGACUCUUACCCGACCUUGGCAAACAUCAGUCUUCUUCAGGGUGACCCUGUACUCAGUCAUUGUUCAGGCUUUGCCUAGAUGGCUCCCACCAGGGUAAUCUCAAAAAUAUGGGCCGCAAGUACAAAUCUCAGCCAAAUUAUACCCCUAUGUCCCCAAAUUAUCUGAAGUUAAUAUGUAAAUGUGGUGCUGCCUUGCUCAGUCCACGCCUAUUGGUCUCCAGCAGAUGACAGCAGAGAGCUGACUCUGUUACCUUCCUUCUUUCCUAGGCUUCAGGCCACAGGGCUUACCAUACUGACUGACUUCUCUGAGUUUUUACAAGUCAAAUUGUUAAUUAGUUAGUGUUAAAAUCAAUUAAAAGUGAGUUUUUAAGAAAUGCAGCACUUGGCUCAUCUUUUCUUUGACUGAACGAUCACAAUAACAGAGUAAGACAGACAUUUCUAGGUGGUUAAACCUCCUAGAAAAACAUGCAUAAACGAUUUUGAAGAAAUUAGAUUGUAAUUAAGUUAAUUUAUUAAUGAUUGAUGUCUAAUUGUUAUAAUUCCAGUCAUGGAUAACUCAGAUCCUUCUUAAGUAGUGUCACUGUGAUGGUUAGAUACCACAGGGAUGAGCAGCCAUAUAUAUUAAAAAAAAAACCCAACUAGACAGUGAUGUCAGAGGUAACAAAACCAAUCAAACCUCUUCCUUUUUAGCUAAUUUGCCGGCUAUAAUUCUAUUGCUGAAGUGGAGCAGUGGUGAAAGUGGGAUGGUAUCAAGAGUCCUCACCAGUACAUUUUUUGGCUCCAACUAUCAAGAGAUUGGCCCCCAGUGGUGACUCCUCCUACAAUUUUGUGUAGAAUUAUGGCUUGUGUAAAAUGGGGACAGGCACACCUUCAUCACCACUCCUAUGAGGUCUGGGGAGGAGCUGAAGAGAAACAAUAACUACACAGCCCGGCACUUUGCUAUUUAUAAAGUCCUGUGUAGACUUCUGGAACUUCGUUAUUAGAAGAGAGGGUGUGAAUAGAAUAGCAUAGCUAGAGAAAUAGAUACAAAAACAGAGAGAAAGGAAGAGAGGGAUGGGGGAGUGAGAGAGGGAAAGUAGGAGAAAGAAACAGAAAGACAGACUGGGAGAAGGUGAAACAGGCAGAGGGAAAGUGUUGAGGGGAAAGGGAAAAACUUAUUGGGGGACAGAGUGAGGUGGGAGAGACACAAUGGAACUGCUCUCCUGGCUCGGGUCCCAGCUCCCAUCCUUCUGGAACAGCUUCACAACACUUGGCCUCUCUUUUGCUGUCUUUAUCCUGCUUUUCGAUCAUAUGAAGCGCAGAAAGAGAUGGAACAACUAUCCCCCGGGUCCUGUCUCCUUCCCUUUCGUUGGGAACUUGCUGCAGGUCAAUUUCCAAUGUCCUCGCCUUGCUUUAACUGAGCUCAGUGAGAAGUUUGGAAAGAUCUUCUCUCUUCAGGUUGGAUGGAAAAAUGUGGUCCUGCUGAAUGGGUUAGAAGCUGUAAAGGAAGCAUUGGUCCAGAGAUCAGAAGACUUUGCUGAUCGACCACCCUUUUCUUUAUUUGACCAUAUGGGCUAUAGAAAAAACUGUGAAGGGAUAAUGAUGGCAAGGUAUGGCCAUGGCUGGAAGGAGCUGAGGAGAUUCACACUCUCCACCUUGAGGAAUUUUGGGCUGGGGAAGAAAUCCCUGGACCAGCGUGUGACUGAGGAAGCUGGAUGUCUAUGCUCUGCGUUCAGUUCUAAAGAUGGCCAUCCUUUCAAUCCACGCUUCCUCAUAAACAGUGCCGUCGGCAAUGUGAUGUGCUCCCUCACUUUUGGCAACCGCUUUGAGUACAACAACGAGAAAUUCCAGAGGAUGCUACACCUGAUAGAGGAGGCUUUCAAUAUAGGAGCUGGAAUCAUGUCCCAGAUUCUGGACAUGAUGCCUUGGUUGUUGUAUAUUCCUGGGCCUCAUCAUAACAUCUUCCAACCCUAUACUGAUAGCUUUGACAUCCUAAGGGAGAUUGUGAAGGAGCACAAGGAGACUCGGGAUCCAGGCUUUACCAGAGACUUCAUUGAUGCUUUUCUGGAGGAGAUAGAAAAGGCUAAAAUGGAUCCAGAGAGCACUUUCAAUGAGGACAAUCUGAUCUUUACAGUUUUUGACCUGUUUGGUGCUGCCACUGAAACAACCACUGUAACCCUGUGCUGGGCACUGCUGUACAUGCUUCACUAUCCUGAUGUCCAAAGUCGUCGCAUGUGUCUGGGGGAGCAGCUGGCCAGGAAGGAGCUCUUUCUCUUCUUCACAACCCUCCUGCAGCAUUUCACUUUCCAUAUCCCUGAGGGUCAGCCCAGGCCACGGGAUGACGGGCGUUACAUCCUCAUACAUUCCCCAGACUCCUACGAGCUGUGUGCCAGCCCCAGAUAAUGUGUUCCAGGCAUGAGCUGCCAGAUCUGCGUUGAUCUGAGCUAAAGCUUCCACAGAAGAGCAAUAUAGGAAACACUUUUUUGAGAUUGAAAUAACUUUAUCUAAGUGUUUUGAAGUUUGUAAAGAAAUUAUGGCAGAGACUUAACGACACAUGAACUUUGGAUUCAAGAUGCCAACCAGAACAAUCGAUAAUUAAAAUAUUUGAUGUAUUACUUAAGAAACAAACCCAACACAGCCAAAGCUAUAGUGAUAACUGGGAAAAUGGAACACACUGGAAACCAUAUUGGAAAAAUCAUGGAACCAACAAUAGGUCAGAAGCCUCAGUUCGGCCCCUUUUCUUUUAUGCUGUAUAGCUUCCCCCCCUUUCUCAUACCUUUUUGUGUCUUCUUAGGUUAUGAAUGCUUCAGGGCAGGGAGCUCUCUUCUCACACAUUUGCAAAGCUCCUAGCCCACUUUGGUGCCACAUAAAUAAGAACAAAUUAUAAUAGUUUUAGAACUGAUGCUAGCAGUCAAAUGAGAUUUCAGGAUAAGGUGCGGAGAUAAACCUCUAUCAUGUCACUAUGUGCUGAUCAUUUUAAGAUGCAACAGCAAAUCUUACAGCACUCCCAUUUAAAAUCCCAAAGUCGAUAAAAUGGGAAACACUAAACAGAGCCAUGCUGCCUAUGUAAUUCAACAGCUGUUAUUUAUAACAUACCGGCUGGGAUUGCUGUAGAGUCCAGGAGCAAAUGUAAUCCCUGUUUAUAAGGUUCCUCAGAAGUUAAACCACAGUUGAAUUUGGGCCUAGAUUUUUUGGGAACCUUUAGUGAGAAUAAAACAAUUUGGUCUUGGGCUGUCCUGCAAAAAUCAUUGGGUCAAAUUCAGCCCUGAGGUAAGCAGAUACAACGCCACUGGUUUAAAUGGCAUUGCACCUGCAUAUGCCAUGCCUAACUUUGGCCCUUUGUGUCUGUUCCUUUACUUGGAUUAAACAAUGAACAUCCAGCAACCAAAACCAUCAAUUUGAGGUUCACUAUUGCAGCUCAGGAACAAAACGCAACUAAUCCCAGGUAUUGUUAAAUAAAGCGUGUGGUAGCCUGACAAGGCAUAAACUUACUAAUAUGAAACAUGGGAACACGGCCAAAACUUUGCUGAAUCUGGUACGCAGACAGGUGAAUCAUCUAAUUUAUUAUCCUUUGUACUAUAUAUAUUUCCUGUAUAAAUCUUAGUCAUUUAAUCCCUGUUUAUUGUAUUAUUCUUUCUACUUGUGUGAUGGUCUAACUGUAGUUUACUUAAAGGUCAACACUUCCCUUGCACUUUCUUUUUUUCUGUGACUCAAAAAUAUAAACUAUAAAUAUAUUAAAAAGCCAGACAGCACUUCCUAUUGUCUUUGCAUCAUUCAUAAAACACAGAGAAACCGGAACGAAUAUCCCCUUCCUCACUGUAGUCUUGAGAGGGGGGCUCUUCUGUCCCCUCAUGAAGAGUAGCUAACAUUGGAUACAUUAAUAGCAGCCUACGGCAUUGCCUGCCUAGGAAAGUUUUACCAGUUAUACUGGUAUAAUUAUAUUGGUAUGUAGAAUUGUGCAAAUAACUGACUUUUUCAGUUCUGUGGCCAAACC